AUGUACUUCCCCAACUGGGACAUCUACGGCCGCAACUUCCAACCCCAAGACCUUCCCGCAGACAAAAUCACCCACGUCCUCUACUCAUUCGCCAACGUCCGCCCCGAAACCGGCGAAGUCUACCUCAGCGACACAUAUGCCGAUCUGGAGAAGCACUAUCCGGAAGACUCGUGGAGCGAUACGGGGAACAAUGUGUAUGGCUGCGUGAAGCAGUUGUAUUUACUCAAGAAGAAGAAUCGACACUUGAAGGUGUUGUUGAGUAUUGGUGGAUGGACGUAUAGCGCCAAUUUUCCGCAAGCUGCAGCUACGCCUGCUGGUCGUCAGAAGUUCGCCGACUCCUCAGUGGCGCUGUUGAAGAACCUGGGCUUCGACGGUAUUGAUAUCGAUUGGGAAUAUCCAAAGGAUCCCACCGAGGCCAGCAACCUGGUAGAGCUCCUCUCGACAGUCAGAGCCGUCCUGCAAAAUUACACCGUCAGCCUGCCAGGACAACCUCAAUUCCUACUGACCGUAGCAUCGCCCGCUGGCCCUUCCAACUACGAGAAAAUGGCACUCGCGAGAAUGGAUCCGUUCCUCGACUUCUGGAAUCUCAUGGCGUACGACUACGCUGGAUCGUGGGAUUCUGUAACCGGACACCAGGCCAACCUCUACCCUUCCCUCAGCGACCCGAAGAGUACUCCGUUCAGCACCGACACCGCUGUUCAAUAUUAUCUGCAGCAGGGUAUCAAGCCUUCGAAACUGCUGUUGGGCAUGCCGCUGUAUGGACGGGCGUUCAAACAGACUGCGGGUCUUGGACAGCCGUUCUCGGGGGUUGGUGAAGGGUCGUGGGAGAAUGGGGUUUGGGACUAUAAGGAUCUUCCUCUCCCCGGCGCGGAAGUGCUCUACGACAACAACACCGUCGCAUCCUGGACGUACGACGCAGCGACCCAGACCGUGGUAUCGUUCGAUAGUCCGGAAGCCGUGACCGAGAAAUUGAAUUACAUCAAGAGACUCGGCCUUGGAGGGACCAUGUGGUGGGAAGCCAACGGCGACAAAGUCGAGAAUGGUACCAGCAACAACAGCAAGAGUCUUGUCAAGACUGCCGUUCGCGCUCUUGACAGGCUGGAAAGCAGCCCAAAUGUCUUGAAUUACCCGGAGAGUCAGUAUGACAACUUGAAGAAGGGCAUGGCGUGA